AUGGGUAAAAGAAUUGAUAGAACCUAUGGUUCAUCAAAUUCAAAACGAGAGAGUAAAAAGCUGAACAUAUCUGGUGGUAAGAAUGUCAAAUUAUAUGAGAAUUAUAGGAGCAAUAAGAGACUAAGUAUCAUAGACUCAUCCGAUUCUGAUCUGGGUAAAGAUCUCAUAACAAAUUCUUACAGUGCACAUGAAAUAGAGGACGACUCAUCCUCCUCCUUAACCGCAGUCUCUGAUAAUGAUGAAAUAGAAGCCUCUAAAAAGGGAUCGUCGUUCUUUGAAGAUGAGUCUAAUAAUACAGCAGUUAAAGGAAAGAACGGAAAGCUGAGAAAAUCAGGGAAGAACGUUUCUUACUAUGGUCAAAAGAAUAUGCCCAGAAAAACUAGCAGAAAGUCAUAUAGCUUGUCUUCAUCUGAAGAUAAUGAGUCCGACGAGGAGGAUGAGGAAGAUGAUUAUUCGUCCUCCUCUGAUGGUUCUGAAGUCGACUUUGUCAAACUUCAGGAAGAAAGAAAACGGAAAGCCUUAAGUGAUAUGAAAUUCAAGAAUGGACUAAGUGGGAAAAUCUCUUCUUUGGAUAGAAACAACCUUAGUAGAGAUCGAGAGAAUUCCAAUUCUGCUCGUAAAAGUGGGCGCUCGAGUUCCGUUACCAAGCCCAGGUUUGGCCGUAGGAAAUCUAGAUCUGUAUUACCGGAGGACAUAAAUUUUGGAUUUGAUUUCGCUGAUUACGAUGAAGUCGCAGUAGUAGAUGAAUCUGAUGAGCAAGCAGAAGAUGUUGGAGAAGAAGUUGAGAAAACUCAAAAUAGCAGGCAGGAUUCUUCAAGUGAAAAAUCAGAACUAGUCUACGGUCAUGAUUCACCUUUAAUUGAGGUUCCGAAACUCAGGGAAGAGGAAAUUGACUCCGAGGAGGAUUACGAGAUUGACGAUAACGAAUUGCUUGCAACGUUACAAGCUGACAAUGAUAUGGAUGAUUUUGUCGUUUCAAAACUUGCGGAUAAUAAUAUAACUGGAAACGCCUCUCUUGAUUCUUAUGGUGAAGAUGACGAAGAAAAUGAUCCAUUUUUGAGAGAAGAAGAAAAGUUCUUGGUAAAUGAAUUUGAAAGCAACGGUUUUGAUGAUGAUGAUGUAAACUUUGAAAUCCUGGGAAUCCAUCCUCAUGAGAAUGAGGAUGCCAAUCGAAAUGAGAGCAAUCCGGAUGAAAGAUCCGAAAAUGAUAUUGACGAAGACGAUUACAUUGAGUUCACCGACUUUAAUGCUCCAAUAUUUCCAAAAAGUAGUAAAAGGGAUCAUGAGGAAAACAAUAGCAUGGAGAACAAUAACUAUGACUCAAAUUCUAGAAAGAAAAAAGCGGCUACUUUGGUACAACCUAAUCAGAAAGUGAGCCCCAAUAAGAACGACUCUACUAUCAACAAUAGUGAAACCAUGCAUAAUGAAUACGACGAUGAUGAUGAUGACGAUGAUGAUGAAGAUGAGGACGACUCCUAUUUGUGGAACUAUUUUUUCAGCUCUGACAAUAAUUCUUCUGGGAGUGAAUUUGAAGAUUAUGAUGAAGAAGUUGAAACUGAAUUUUUCAAGGGAUCGGAGUCGAACCGUAAAUCUAAAAGUCUUCGCAAAGAUGACUUGAAGAAGAAACAGAAUCAUACGUAUGAGGAGAUUGGUGUCUUCGCGUCCGAUCAAGAGUACGACAGUGGGGAAUCAACUGAUGUUGAUUUGUCGCUUCCAGUAACUACAGAGAAGAACAAGUUUGGUUCAAAAGUUGCGAAAGAAGUUCUCUCUUCCACAGCUGAUUAUCGGCCACCUAUUUUGGGUACUUGGAUUGCUAUCAAUACAAAACCAUUUGGUAUAAUUGAUGGUUUGUCAACGAGAGCAUUAAGUACGAGUGGUAAACCCCAAGACCAGUUCAGAAGAAUGCCAGCUUCUUCUCAGACAACUGAUAGCUCUGAUGACCUGGCUUUGGACUUGGAUGAGCUUUUAAAUGUGAGUGAAAUGGAUGAUGACGAUGAAAACGAUGUUAAAAUUUGGAGAGAUUUUAAUAGCCAAAAGAAGCAAGUACCCUUGGGUGCUUUCAGAAAUAAGUCUAUUUUACACAACUCGUUGAUGGGACCAGAGAACGUCACCAAUAACCUCAAUCACACUAGUAAAUCUAAUAAUGAUUUCAACAAGAGAAGAUACUCUUUAACUAAUCACUAUAGCGGCAACAGAUCCCGAAGAAACUCAAUGCGACAAGGUGUCAGUAAACCUCCGCAUGGUGGACGCCGUCUUUCUGCUUCCUCUAAUCAUAAAGAUUCGGGUCAAAUCUCAUCAAAACAAAAACGAAGAAAAGCUUCUAUUGUGGAGGCCAUUUCCGAAGGACUUCGUCCUACUAAAUCUGGUUUAUUUAGUGAACAUGCAUUGGCCGAUGUGGAGGAAUUACUAGGGGAUGACGUUGAUCUUAUGUCUUUAAUUGAAGGCUUAUAG